GUAAGUAUAUGUAUAUAUUAUAAGUGUUUUGUUACAAUCUCUGUAUUCCAACCUCUUUUCCGGGUAUAGUUACAUCAUAUUUAUACUAGUCGUCAUACGUGCUGCUCACGUGUUAUGUCUAUGGGCUUACAUCGGUUAUGGGCUUUCUAUUAAGUCUUAUCUUUACAUGGGCUAUGGCCCAACAUUUGUCCCUCCCCCAGUCCGCUGGAUCUUUAGAUGCUGCGAGAGUUUUGUUGUUUUUUGUCCGUUUUUCUUUCUUCUGCUUUUGAAUUUUCUUGGGUAAAUGGAAUUGGUUUUACCCAAUUUUUAAAUGUCACUUUCUUUUCCCAUCUUUCUUGAACCUUGGGAAACUGAAAAGACUGUGCGUGAAGUUUGAUAUUCUUGGAAACUGGCGACUUAGGGCUAGUCUCUUCAUUUCCGCCUUUUUAAAUUUCUCUUCAGACGGCUUCUCUUAUUUCUUGUUCAAGAUUUCCAUUGCUCCCUUGUUCUAGGUAAUUUCUCUUUUCUCUUCUGAGUCGAUCUUUUCUUCUUUGUUUCGCUUGUAUUUCUCUUGUUGGGUUGAAGUAUGUCCUCCUCGAGACUCCCUCGUCGCCGUGCUCCUUCUGUGAAGGCCAUUGCUGGUGGGUCCCCGGGCUUGUCGCGUACUUUCGAGAGUCUAACCCCUCUUCCUCCCACCGUGGUCCGUCAUUCAACGUCUCAUAGCCUGGCUUCUCUGGAAAGGGAGUUUAACCCGUUGGGAGCCAGUGGAUCGAUGAGUUCUGUUUUGGCUGGGGGGAGUGAUCUUGAUGGGGGUUUUUCUGGUGGAGGCGAGGUGGCUGUGGAGAAUGCUACGGGUUAUUUCCGUGCUUGCCCCUCUUUUAACCACCGGUCCAAUCUGAGUGCUCGCAGUUCUGCUAUCAAAAGGCUUUCUCAGCACUGUUGUUUUGAUUUGGGGUAUAUCCACCAUCUCCCCCGUCGUACUGACAAGAUGUGGUGCCCUCCUCGCGAAGGAUGGCAAGCGAUUCCUGUCGUCUUUUUCGAGUAUGGUUUCCGACUCCCCAUGCACCCGUUCUUUGGUGUUGUUUAUGAGGCGUUAGGGUGUGGUCUCGCGCAAUUGUCUCCGAACGCUAUUAUUCAGAUUGUGGGUUUCAUUGCCCGCUGUCAUGAGAAGGGGGAGUUGCCCUCUUUGGAACUCUUGUUUUCAAUUUAUCGGGUUAAGAAUACCAAUGGGUUGUUGUAUCUGGAUAAGAAGGCUGGUAGAGUGCGGAUUGUGGAUGCCCCUUCUUCCAAUACCAUAUGGCACAGCCAAUGGACUUACAUGGAGGGAUAUGAUCUUAGUUUGGUUCGUCCAUGGAGUGUCAUACCCAAGUGGCGAUUGAAAGAAUUGAAUCAGAUGCCAUCUCUGCCGGAGGACUUUUUGAACGAUUUUCACGGGGAAACCGAGUCUUAUAACACUGAUACUUUAUCUGACAUUAAGUUUUUAACUAAGCACUGUUGUAAGAAUUUGUUUCGACUUUUGGUCUGUCUGUCUUGUUACCCUGACUUUCUGAUCUUGUUUUUUUUUUUUUUUUGUUGUUGUUUUUUUGUAGUGGCUGGGACACCCUUGCGGUCACUGGUGAAGUCUAAGUCAAAAAUGCCGAGUGGAGCGUUGCUUGCUAAACUGGCACAGCUUGGUGCUACAUCUAUGGCGGCCAAAACUCCGGAAACUGGGGAGAAAGAAGUGACCUCUCGUGCUAAGGAGAUUGAAGUUGUGGCUGUUGAUUCUGAGCUUGCUGCGGAAACUACUGACUUGGUUGUGAAAACUCGUGAUCGGAAAAGGCAUCGGAAGGAUACCGACAUUCAAUCUCACCAUCACCAUCAUAAGAAAUCCAAGGACUCUGUUGCUCCGCCAGCUAUCGGAUCUUCCUCUGUGGCAGGUCGCUCUUAUCAAAGUGAAAUGGCUAAACUCCGAGUCCACCUCGAUCAGUUGGUUGAGGGCUUUGACCGAGUGUUGGACCUUGGGAAAGAGGUUGACAAGGCUGAAGAUGUAGCUGCUGUUCGUCGUGAACUUGAGACGGCGAAGCGGCAGGGUGUUGCUGAUAAGGAGCGACUGGUUGCUGAAGUUAGUGAGUUGAAGAAGAGGAAUGCUACUCUUGCUGUUGAUAAGAGUUCCCUAAAUGCAUUGAUUCUUGCUUAUCAAAAAAUUGAGGCUGACCUUACUGCUGUCAAUGCUGCCAAAGAGAAAGAACAUGCUGACGCGCUGGAGGUUGUCAAAAAGGAGAAGGCAAAGUUGGAUGAAGAGUUGGUUAAGGUCCGUGACGAUCUGUCACGUAGUCAGGACGAAGCUUUAACGACUUUGGAGGAAGGUUACCAGUUGUGUUGGGACCGCGCCGUUGCUGCAGGUUAUGACAUGCAGAGUCUUACUUUUGCCACCUAUUGUGAGGGCCUGGCGGCUGCAGUGGGGGCUUCGUCCAAUCAAGUUGAGGAGCCUUGAGCUCUUUUUAUAUCUUUUAAGACUUUGAUUAACCAGGGGAAUGCCCCUGAGAAUGUUUGUAAGAAUUACUUUUGGUUUCCUGGUAGCUUUCAAACACUUUCCAGUUGGUGCUUUUGCUGUUGUGACAAUCUUCAUGCUUGAAUAUCUAUCUUGUCUUUUGGGAAAUUUUGCUGUGCCUUCUUCUGUUAUGGUUUUGCCUCGUGUUUGCUUGAUUGCGGUACUCUUUAUUGUCUGCAAUUUGCUUGGAGACUUUACGGAAUCUCUAUUUUUCUUUGUUGUUCUCUGGAUGUAUCCUUAGAACACUUCUUUUGCUCUUUU